AAGUAGACGAAGACACCAGACUCAGACAAUUGAAUAUCACAGGAGGAUCUGCCUGUGUUACAGAUUUCUACACCGCUAGACCACGCGUGAGUUUUGAUUCUUAGCGAAUCCGUGGUUAAUGGCGAACUGACAUCGUGGUACCUGCUUUUGAAGCCACCAUUGCAAAGCCGAACGAAUCCUCGUGAUAUUUGCCUAGCGACUCCGUUGCUCAUGGUCCGUACAUCCCUACAUCCCCUGGACACUGGAAUUCGUCCGUCUUACUAUAUUUUAGGGCUCAGAACCAAAAAAAUAUUUAGCACGUAUUAAUGAGCUUUUCCGUGGAUCGUGCCAAAGUCAAGCUUGCAGCGCUUGUUCCUACGCAGCAAAGCAUCCAGACGACCUCACAAUGGAUUAUGUUUCACUACCGGGAGGCUUCCACCAUUGUGGAUUUGUGGGUCAAGGAAAUUACGUCGCAGCCAAACAAAUUAACAUUAUUCUACUUGGCCAACGACAUUGUCCAAUUGAGCCGCAAAGACCCCAGAAACGCAGGUUUCACUGAGGGAUUCAAGAAAGUUCUCCCACAAGUGCUCCAGCAAAUUAAUCCAGGAGCAGAUAGACCCAAGUUCCUGAAAGUUCUCCAGGUCUGGAAAGAUAGAAAUAUCUAUCCCAGCGAUUACGUGAAUAAGCUAAUGAACCUGAUAGGACAGCAACCAGGACAGACCCUCGCACAGCAGAAAACUCAUCAGACGGAGCCUGCUGCAUACCAGAAAUGUCCUUCAGAACUGAUCGAGGCGGCUCUUCAGUAUGACCAUUUGAAACAGAUAUCCUCUGCCACAAGCACAAAGUUUGCCAGUCUCUCGGAAACAUACCAAAACACCUUAAAGGCAGAAAAUCUCCCUGAACCGCACAUCCUGGUCGGUCAACUAGAAGGGCUAGUGAAAGGCAGCGAAGCGUUAGAGGCCAGCAUUAAAAACCAGACAGAGUUGAGAGAAAAACUCAUCGCUAGUCUCGAAUCUCUAAUUCAGGUCCAGCGAGACUGGAUCAACCUCGAUCAGACGAAACUGGAGAAAUUGGAAUCGAUCAAGAAUUCUGCUCAGCAGCGCAAGACAGAAAUCGAGAACACCCUCAAUAACGACGAUGACGACGAGGAGCUUCCCACAUACAAAGGUGGCGAGGAAGAUGAAGACUUGCCUGGCUACAGCAAUGGGGAUGAGGUUCCUGGUUACAGUAACGGAGAUGAAGAAGCGCAGGACAACGACGUUCCCACCUACGAGACUCCUUCGGAUUUCAUCUCCAGUUUUACGGCCGAAAGCAAACGGUCCGCUCCACAGGACGGGGAAGAGCCUCCUGCCAAACGUCAGGAGAUUCCUGUCAAUGUAGAUCUUAAUGCUCUGCUGAGCAAAUUGCAAUAA